UGUGCUGGGGCUUUUCUCUCCCAAGAGCGGGGAGAAGGAGGAGGGGAGAGGGAGGAGGAGCCACUGCUCCGCCUUCUCCUUUUCGCAAUGUUGACGCAAUCUAUAAAUAGUGGAACAAAAGGACCAACUUCCUCGGAGCUUUGCUGAAACUGCACAAAAAAAAAAAUCGGGCCGGGGGGUUCCCUCAUGCCCGGUGAUGGAGAGGGAAGAGCAGGUCGGGAGAAGGGCGGCGCGGCGGCGUUGCUGGCGACGGCCCCGCGGCAGGGGGACACCUGGAUGAUGAUGAUGCCGCCGCCGCCGCCGCCUCCUCCGCCGCCUCCCGGCUUUGUACGGAGCCGCUCGCCCGAGUCCGGCUCCGAGGGGCUCCCGGACUCGCGCCUGACACGGGGCUUUUCUCCUCCUCCGCUGACAGCUGUCAAAUUUUGGCAGUUUCCUCUAUGAGAGUAUGCACGGGGCAGAUGCAUCUUUGGAAUGGGUGUUCUCCCUGGAAAUAUCCAGA